AUGGGUGCGUGCAAUUGUAUGGGUCCGAAAAAAGAAGAAGGAGGAGUUUUGAUUGAAGAACGAAACGAGCCAGCUACAAAAAGCCAAACUCAGCAAGAAAACGUAAAUGUAGUUGAACAAGUAACAAUCCAGCCCGAAGCACAAAUAACUUACUUAACUUACUUAAUUAUCUGGUGUUUAAGGUGUCUAGUGCCGCAGCCCAAAAGGGCCUAUGGCAAAACUGAUGACGUAGGCGAGCCAUCUUGGCACAGGUCAGCCCCGUCCAAGCCUUCUAUCAACUCCUGCUUCACCGGCCUUGCUGCACGUCUCACCCGGCGCGUUGCCGUCGCCCUUGUCGCUCGACUCAGCUCCUGCGCGUGUUCCGCCUAAGGGUCAUCCUCCGUGGGGAUGUGCUGAGAGGUAAAAGCCCGAGAUCUUGAGUGGACUGAGGAGUGGUUCCUUUGGUUAUCCCCAAAGUUAAACCGCUAUUGCUGUCCAGAAGUUCACGAGUGAAAGCCUAACCCUAAUAAUAAAAUUCCAUGAGGGAGAGAAAAUUAGCAAAGCUAAUUUCUCUCGAACCGAAUGCCAUUUUAUUAUUGAAGCACAAAUAACAGUGAUUGCGCCUGCUGUGGUAAAACCUACUCACAAUCCUCGUCAAAUACUUCAAGUACAGUCUGCCUUUAGAGGAUAUUCGUCAAGAAAAUUAUUUAUUAAAGAAACAAGAAGCAAGGCUUCAGAAAAUGCUAAUUCUAUGAAUUUCCAAGAGUUAAACGAAGUUCCAGCAAAUUUGUUAUCUCCACAAGCAAAAGAAGUGUUUGAUAAGUCAGGCCCUUAUCUUUUUGAAAACACUCAGCUGCCUGGAGUCACUUGGAGAGGCCCAACCAAACUUUCAGAUGGCUGUGUAUAUGUGGGAGAAUGGAAUGAUAGAGGCCAACCACAAGGAAAAGGCACAAUGUAUUACACUGAUGGAGGCAUCUGUGAAGGAAAUUGGAAAGCUGGAAAACUCCAUGGUAAAGGCAGAAGAAUCAGCCCUGCAGGAGAUUUGUACACAGGUGAUUGGGUUGAAGGAAAAAUGCAAGGCAAAGGACGCAUGGAAUAUGCUAUAGGGAAAAAUGUUUAUGAAGGAGAUUGGGUCAACGAUAAGCAGGAAGGUUUUGGAGUAGAAAGCUGGCCUGAUGGCUCAAAAUUUGAAGGAAGCUAUAGAGAUGGUUUUAAAAAUGGGCAAGGAAAAUUUGUAUGGGUUGACGGAAGCCAUUAUGAAGGAGGAUUUGUGAAUAAUGAAAUAGAAGGUGUAGGAAAAUAUGUCUGGACUAAUGGGAGAGAAUAUGAAGGAGAAUGGAAAAGCAACAAAAUGCAUGGAAAAGGAAAAUUCAAAUGGGAUGAUGGAAGAUAUUAUGAAGGAGAUUAUGUAAUGGAUCAAAAAGAAGGAUAUGGCAUUUUUGGAUGGCCUAAUGGAAAAAAAUAUGAAGGGCAUUGGCUUAAUGGAAAACAACAUGGAGAAGGCACACUAUUUAAUGAAAGAGGAAAAGCAAGAAAAGGAGUAUGGGAAAAUGGAAAAUUAGCUGAGAAAGGCAAGAAAAAAGGGGAAAAAGAAACAGAGGAUUAA